GUGAAACUAUUUGAAGAUGGAGGGAGAUGGGCAGGGGUUCAAAAUCCUUACUUGGAAUAUUAAUGGACUCAGAUCUCUUGUUAAUUUUACAGAACAUCUCAGAAAGCUGGAUGCAGAUAUUCUCUGCUUCCAGGAGACCAAAGUAACACGGGAUAUGCUCACAGAGCAGCUAGCUGUGAUUCCUGGAUAUACUUCGUACUAUGCAUUCAGUAGAGGUAGAGGUGGAUACUCGGGGGUAGCCACAUACUGCAGAACAGAAGCUACACCUGUUGCUGCAGAAGAAGGAGUAACAGGAAUACUGGGUGUAUCAGAUUCUAGUGUGGGAGGACUUGAUCUGCUUAACCAGGAGUUCUCUCAGGAGGAGCUACGGAGCCUUGAUAACGAAGGAAGAUGUGUUCUAACAAAACAUAGAAUUAAACAGGAUGACCAAGAGGAUGCGUACCUGGUUGUGUUCAACGUGUACUGUCCCCGCGCUGACCCUGAGAGAGAGGACAGGAAGAGAUAUAAACUUCAGUUCUAUAAAGCACUAGAUAUACGCGCUCAUUCACUCAGAGUUCAGGGAAAUAAAGUUAUUAUUCUUGGGGAUGUAAAUACAUCUCACAGAGAAUUAGACCACUGUGAUCCUUAUGAAGAGUUUUAUGAUCAUCCUGGAAGAAGGUUUCUUAAUCACCUUCUCUACUCUACACAACCUUCUAAGGAUAAACCUGUGGAUCUGGAGACUGAGGACUGGGAGUGUGAGAGGGUUAAUGUUGAGAGUAAUCAGUUUCUAGACUCAUUUCGUAUCUUUCAUCCUAGCAGAGAGAACGCUUUCACUUGCUGGAAUACAAAAAUGAAUUGCAGGUCUACAAACUACGGAACAAGAAUAGACUACAUCUUUAUUUCAAGAAAUCUGGAAACUGAAAUUAGUUUGUGUGAGAUUCAUCCCGAGGUGGAGGGUAGUGAUCAUUGUCCUGUAUCCGCCAGGUUUAAUCUAAUCCUGGAUCCAUCAUUUAAACCUCCCAGCUCAGCCACCAAAUAUUAUCCAGAAUUUCAGGGUAGACAGUUGAGCAUAAAGGAUAUGUUUUCUACUGGAGCUAAGAGAUCAAGGUCCCCGGAGAAUACCAGCAAGAAACCAAUCCUGAACCAAGGGGUUGCUAAAAGAGUUAAACCUUCAAGCUCCAAGAUAACAAACUUCUUUGCUCCCAAGAAAGGUUUAGCUGAAUUAGCUCCAAGUUUAAUCGUGGAAAACAAAUUGGAGAACCUUGUAUCUGUAGCAGGACCCGGAGAUAUUGAAACCGAAAUAUUAGCGUCUGAAAUAUAUCAGAUUGAAGCUAAAAAUGGUGAGACUAAAGCUGCAUGGGGAAAUAUAUUUAAACCCCCGCCCCCCAACCCUCUCUGCUUAAAGCACAAGGAAGAGUCCCUCAAGAGGAAGGUGACGAAGAAGGGACCCAACCUUGGACGAGAGUUCUUCGUCUGCCGAAGAGGAGAAGGACGAUCGGACGAUCCUGAAGCAAGAUGCGAUUUCUUUAAAUGGGCAAAAGUCAAAUGAACUUUAUUCUUUCCAAAAGUUUUUCAAGUUCGACUAACAAUCAACAAUUUAUAUAUAACCUCAUUUCAAUGCCAAUAAGUUUAAUCUGUAAAUGAGGGGAAAUUAAAAAAAAAUACUAUUUUCAAAAGUAAAAAAAUUAUAUUAACGUAUAUUUUGCCCCAUGUUUAUAUCUUUUGUAUCGAAAAAGCUGUGAUUAAUAGUACCUUCAAGUAUUAAAAGAGAAUCUCCACAAAAAUGUAAAAAUGUUCGAUCAACUUUUAUACGUUAUUGAUGGUGAUUUCUACCGGACUGAAGAAAUAUGUCAAAUUCUUAUUACGAACUGGUUCCAAGUAUAACCUUUAUGUAUCCUUGAUUUUGAUAAAGGCUCAAGUUAAAUAUCGUAUAUCUCCCUUGAUAUUUUUAGUUAAAGCUCCGAUAUUUUCUAGUUUUUGAGUUCACAUUAAAUAUCUUAUACGAUCCCUUGAUGUUUUUAGUUAAAGCAAACCUCCGAUAUUUUCUAGUUUCACGAGUUCACAUAAAAUAUCGUAUACGAUCCCUUGAUAUUUUUAGUUAAAGCUCCGAUAUUUUCUAGUGUCAAGAGUUCGCCUUAAAUAUCCUAUACAAUCCCUUGAUAUUUUUAGUAAAAGCUCCGAUAUUUUCUAGUUGCGCAGAGUUCACAUUAAAUAUCUUAUACGAUCCCUUGAUAUUUUUAGUAAAAUCUCCGAUAUGUUCUAGUUUCAGAGCUCACAUUAAAUAUCGUAUACAAUCCCUUGAGUUUUUUAGUAAAAGCUCCGAUAUUUUCUAGUUUCAGAGCUCACAUUAAAUAUCGUAACGAUCCUUUGAUAUUUUUAGUUAAAGCUCCGAUAUUUUCUAGUUUCAGAA